UGUGUAGUGUGGAAAAUGCUGAGCCUUGGACGAGUUGUGCGAACGGCUACAAGGCAGUGCUGGCGAACCCUUUGCAGUAGUCCUCCAGCGACUGCCUUCACGGAUUCGGAUCCGUUGCCCGAGCAUUGCGAUGUCUUGAUCAUUGGCGGUGGAGGCAUGGGUGCCUCUUCAGCUUAUUGGCUUCGCCUUAAGGCCAAAAUGCAGCAAAAGAAGCUCAAUGUGCUCGUGGUGGAACGGGAUGCAGGGUACACAUCUGCGUCCACUGUGCUCUCAGUGGGUGGAUUGCGACAACAGUUCUCACUGGCGGAGAAUAUUCGCAUGUCGCUCUAUGGCUACGAGUUCAUCAAGAAUGCCAAAACCCAUUUGGGAGAUGUAGACUUGAGUUUUCAGCCGAAUGGCUAUCUCAUCUUGGCCUCUUCAAAGGGAGCCGACAUGCUGGAGAGGAACUCCAAGUUUCAAAAUGAACUGGGUGCCCAUAAUGAGCUGAUGGCUCCAAGUGGUUUGGCCCAACGUUUCCCAUGGCUCUGUACCGAAAAUAUUGCUCUAGGCUGCUAUGGCGUGAACAAGGAGGGUUGGUUCGAUCCGUGGGCCCUGUUGAUGGGUUUUAAGCAGCAGGCUCGUGCCUAUGGCGCCCAGUUUGUUAAUGGAGAAGUGACGGGAUUCGAAUGGAACACCCAAGGAGGUCUAUCCGGAGCCUUGAUCUCUUCGUGCGACCCACAGCAGCCGUUACGGAAAGUGACUUUUGAUAAGUGUGUACUUGCUGCUGGAGCACAUUCGGGAAAGGUGGCGAGUCUGGCAGGGAUAGGCGAUCCAAGUGCCACCAUCGAGGUCCUUCGCACUCCCCUUCCAGUGGAGCCUAGGAAGCGUUACGUCUACGUGUUCAGCACUCAAGGACGGAAUUGUCCCGGCCUGGCUACGCCUCUCACCAUUGAUCCCGAUGGAACAUACUUCCGUCGCGAUGGUCUUACCGGCAACUUCCUAUGCGGGCGCAGUCCCUGCGACGCAGACGAACCGGAAUGCCAUACACUGGACGUGGAUCAUGACUACUUCGACACACAAAUAUGGCCAACCUUGGCCACUCGAGUGCCAGCCUUCGAGUCGAUAAAGGUGCAGAGUAGUUGGGCGGGCUACUACGACUACAACUGCUUCGAUGCCAACGGAGUGAUCGGUCAACAUCCAUUCUACACGAAUCUCUACAUAGCAGCUGGGUUUAGUGGUCACGGCAUACAACAGACCCCGGCAGUGGGUAGAGCGAUCUCCGAGCUGGUACUAGAAGGACAAUACAAGACCAUCGAUCUGUCUCGUAUGAAUUUCGAGAGGUUAGUCCAUAAGGAACCUCUGCUGGAGGAUAAUAUUGUGUAACACUGCAAUAAAUAUUUUAGUUUGUUUCUGAUGUAAAAGAUUAAAAACAAAAACGCAAAUAUUAUCUAAUCCGACAAGAAAAUAAAUCAUAUUCACAAGUUACUAUAAAUGUAUAAAGUCGCCAAAAUGCAUGUAACAGGCAGACCCCAAAACACACUAAAAUCUGUCAUUAUUAUUCAGCAAGCAACCAAAUUUGAUCACAAACGCACUAAAAAUAAACAAGUUAUUGCCACUUUCGGAAUGUGGCGGAGUAGUCUA